AUGAACAACAACAGCCGAGCAGUUAGAUCCCCGUCCGAUGAACCACAGCCCAACACCUGGUGGGAUGGCGAGCACCAAAACAGUAACCAGGGCAGGCCGACACCUGAAGCGUCCGAGCCUCCUGAGCACACUUCACGCUCGCAAUCCGAAGUGAGAGCCGAGAUCAAACGCCUCCAAGACGAGAUCAUCCUGAGGGCCCAUCUGAACGAAGAACACAAGGACGACGACGAACAGUUAGCCCACCCCGAGUUGCUUGCUGAAUACAGGAACGGACCGGGAACAGACCCCGCGUCUGGCAGAUACAAGUUUCUCAUGGAACGCCGAAGACUUGGCCGGAUCGAGGCAGAUCUCAGACCUCCAGCAGCACCCCCGGUCGAUCCCGCUUCCCUCGUGGAAGAAGAGGAGACAGGAGAGAAGGCUUGGCGGUCCGGUAUCACACGCGACGAUCCUGUGUUUAAGGCUCAAUUCGAGGCGCAAUUUCCCCCAUACAGAAAUGCGGAGUCUGUCUACCCAAGACUAGGUUUGGGAACAGUGGUUUUGGCAAUUGAGCCGAGCGAGGAACAAAAAGCAUUGAGAGUGAAGCAUCUCAGGCGCGACAAGGUAGCACCAACAAUUCCCGAAGAGCCUAUAUGGUUGCAAGCGAAUUGGGAUUAUGCUCCUGCGGUAGAUGCCGACAAGCACCAAUGGCGACUCUCCUUCGAUGCCUGGCUCGACAGAGCUCUCAACUCCUCUCGUGUGGUGGACAUACAUCGCAAGACAUUCUUCGCGGGGGACGCUUUGCCAGACGGUAUACACGAGAUGUACGAACCGAACUGGCCGUACGACUGGACGUGGCCCGACCCCAAUGACGAAGAAGGGCGUCUGCACCAACACGAAACCAGCCAAGGCUAUGUCGACAACAGGGCGGUCCGCAUAAGAGAAGAACGAGAGGUGGAGCGCCGCCUUGCCCGAGAGCGCGAGCAGGCCGCGAUCGAGUUCUACAAGCGCUAUCCGAAACCCAACGAGACGCGACAAGAUCUGUACCUGCGUCCAGUCCAGGACGGCGAUGUCGAGCAGCUUCAGCGCAUUUGGAACCAUUUCUCCGAGAACUCCCCCAUGAGCCUAGACUAUGGAGUCUUGAGCGAGGAAACCGUCCGGAAGCGGAUCGCCGAUAUCAAGAAACACCGACUGCCCUUCAUCGUGGCCGUGGAAAAUCCUAAAUCGAACGAGGAUGCGGAGAGCUCCAACAAAAUCUUGGCUUUUGCGCUUGCUAUCGACCACGAUGGACCAUGGACCUCGGGCCAGUUUGCAGUUAAGCUCGAGUUCUACAUGAUGCCAAGGGACCAACAGCAUGGUAUCGGGACCUGCCUGAUGGACAAGAUGCUCUCGGUGUUGGACGACUCCUACAAACCCCGGCGAGGAUACUAUUUCCGUUGCUCGGAGGAGGACAACGCAGCCUACCAGCCAGGAGGCCUGCGGCAGAUGGCCCGGGUCAUCGUGACAUGCAGCUUUCCCCGGUCGGAGCGUGACCAGUACCAGUAUAUCCGCACCUGGCUACAGCGGAAGUGGGGGUUUACCGAGCAAGGACACCUGCGUGGGACGCGUUUGAAGCUGGAUAACUUUCUCGAUGUGAUUUAUCUGGUUCGAAACCUGGGCGGUAGCUGA